UAACAAAAGCGCACAAUCGCAGGCACUGAGCGACGGUUAGGAACAUGCCCAAGGAAGCCACAGAGAAGAUACAUCCGACGCCUGCAUGGCUCACCCAGGACUAUGUACAGGCCAAGCUGCGACUCUUCUUCAAAGAUGAAACACUCAAGUUGGAGAAGCUGAUCAUCAAGCCAGCCAUUGCGAAUGGCGAGAACUUUGGCAGUGUGAUGACGCGCAUCAAUUUGGAUUAUACAACGAAAUCCUCCAAGGGCACUCAGACGACUACGUUUCUGGUGAAGACAACGUUUACGAGCAAGGAUCCGGCCGCUGAUGUGCUCUUCCCCUAUGGCGUAUACAUCCGGGAGAUGGACAUGUAUGAGAACAUUCUGCCCCAGCUGGCCGAGUUGGCCAGACAGGAGCUCAAGGAUCAGCGCAAACUGUUUGCGGAGACCGUCAAUGUGGAUCGCAGCAGGGGCUCCAUCAUCUUUGAGGACAUGUCGCUGGGGCAGUACAAGGUUGCCGAUCGGCUGAAGAAACUGGAUCUGGAGCAUACGCAUCUGGUGCUGGAAAAAAUGGCCACCUUCCAUGCCACCGCUGCGGCACUCAGCGAACGGAAGCCUGGCAUAUUCGCCAAGGACUACGAUCGGGGAUUCUUCAAUAAACACACCCGCGCCUACCAGCCGGUCAUGAAGAAUCUCCUCAAGGCUUUAUCCCGCUCGUUAAAGCUGGACAAGGAGCUGCAGCAACGCUACCAGGCGAAGAUCGAUCGGUUGGUGGAUAAUAUUAUGGACUAUGGUGAACAAUCCACGACCAUCAGGCCGGGAGACUUUGUGACUUUGGCCCAUGGCGAUCCGUGGACCACGAACUUCAUGUUCCAGUAUGACGCUAAGGGACAUCCGAGCAACAUGAUCUUCAUUGACUUUCAGUUCAGUGUGUGGAACUCUCCGGCCAUCGAUCUGCAUUACUUCUUCUCCACCUCAGUGCACGAUGAUCUCCGGCUGCACCAUCAGACGGACCUGGUGCAGUUCUACUACUACAAGCUGGUGGCGGCCCUAAAGAAGGUCAAGUAUGCCGGCCACAUACCAUCGCUGUUUGACUUUCAAUUGCAGUUCAAGGCAAGAGCCUUCUAUGCUGUUUUCUGUACACUGCUCUUUGAGCCAGUGAUGCUGUAUGAGGGCAAGGAGGAGUCAUCCAUGGAGCAGGUGCUGUCAGAGUCCGAAAGCGCCAUGCGCUACAAGGACAGUGUCUUUCAGGCGGAGUCCGUCAGAAAGAAGUUGCAUCAAACACUUCCAUUUCUGGAUCAGCAGGGGUUGUUGGAUGAAAUGUGAUUAAAUGUACAUAUAUGGGAAUAUCUUAAGAACAUAAAUGGAAUUGCAAUUUCACCAUAAGCAACCGAGAACUGACCUGUGCAGGGAUAGAGGCAGGGCUAGGUCCUCAUGGUUGUGAGGGCAAUUCAGAUAGCGUUGAGCGCUUGUCAAACAUUCAAAGGCAAACAUUCAAUAAAGUCUAACAGAUAACACUUACAGGCA